AUGGUGCUGGUUCUGGAUGUGAGCCUGAUAAGUGGCAGAUCUGUGUCUUUGGAGGCAGACGACGAGGCUUCGGUUGAAAGCUUGAAGCGGCAAGCGCAUGUGGCGCUCGGAGUUUCUAGAGGGUGGCUCUUGAACUCAUCCGGCGAUGUCUUAGAUGGAGGCACCUCGCUCAAAAAAGCAAGGUUGGUCUCGGGCGAUGCCCUGAUCUUGCAGAUCAGCGAGCUUCAGAUUUGGGGGAACACUUGUUGCAGGUUUGGUAACCUUGCUUUUGCUGCCAUUCUGGGUGACGGUUCUGUGCUCACCUGGGGCAAGGCUGACGGUGGUGGCGACAGCAGCAAGGUGAAGGAUCAGCUGAAAAAUGUGCGACAGAUCCAAGCUACUAAAGACGCAUUUGCCGCCAUCCUUGUUGAUGGGUCGGUGGUCACGUGGGGCGACGCAUGCGCUGGUGGCGACAGCAGCAAGGUGCAAAAGCAGCUGAAAGGUGUGCGACAGAUCCAAGCCUCCUUGAGGGCAUUUGCCGCCAUCCUGGGUGAUGGGUGUGUGGUCACCUGGGGCAGCGCUGACGCUGGUGGCGACAGCAGCAUCUUUCAAAAGCAGUUGAAGAACGUGAAGCAGGUUCAAGCCUCUUUAUUUGCAUUUGCCGCAAUCCUGGACGAUGGCUCUGUGGUUACGUGGGGCAACCCUGGCUAUGGUGGCGACAGCACAGAGGUGCAGGAGCAACUGAAGAACGUGCAAUGUAUCCAAGCAACAAGGGGCGCAUUUGCCGCCAUCCUGGAUGAUGGGUCCGUGGUCACGUGGGGCAAGGCUGAUUGUGGUGGUGACAGCGGCAAGGUGCAGAAGCAGCUGGCAAAUGUGCGACGCAUCCAAGCAGCCAGAGGCGCAUUUGCCGCCAUCAAGGGCGAUGGGUUUGUGGUCACGUGGGGCCAGGCUGACGGUGGUGGCGACAGCAGCAGCGUGCAGGAACAGCUUCGGCCACAUGCAGGCUCAGCCUCCUGCCACUAG